AUGAAGUGUUUUUCUAAAAUAUUGAUUGGUACAGUCCACAAGAACACAAAGGCUCAUCUACCACGCCAUGGUACCCAUUUCGUUCCAUCUUUAGCAUCAUCAGCCUAUUCAUUGAAAAGAUUUCAUUUCUGCAAUCUCAACAACAACCAAUCAUCAUCUAAUACAAGCAUUCAUACCACCAAUACACAAGCAUUGGAUUCCUCUAAAACUUGUCCGAACUUGUUAAAAAGAAUUCAUUGGGUCAAUGACGUUGGUGGAAUGAACCGUACUCGAGUUCAACACAUUCAUUAUCCACUCGAUGAAUGGGAUAUUCAAAAUGUUGUGAAAAUUGCAAAUUUGGAAAAGAGUUCAAUUUGCAUACGAGGACAAAAUCAAACCAUGGGAGGUCAAACUCUCUUUCCAAAUGCACAUCGUAUAGACAUGGAGAGGAUGAAUCGAAUUUUGGAAUUGGAUUUAGACAAUGAAACUGUAACGGUUCAAACUGGGCUUACAUGGGAUGAGUUGAUGCAUUUUCUGGAUCAAUUUGGAUAUAGUCCAGCAAUUUUGCAAUCCUAUGUGACAUUCUCAGUGGGAGGAUCAAUAUCAGUGGAUAUUCAUGGCAUCACCUCACAUCAAUCCAUUUCAUCCUCAAUUUUAGAGUUACAUUUGGUGGACAGUCAAGGAAAUUUUGUGAAAUGUAAUGUGCAAUGUAAUCCUGAGUUGUUUCAAAUGGCCAUUGGAGGGUUUGGGUUAUUUGGUGUUAUUUACGUUGCAAAGCUGAAAAUUGUUCCAAACACAAAAAUUGAUAUGAAACUCAAUCGAUUUACAGAGCCAGAAAAAUUUCACAACUAUUAUUUGGAAACUUUGGAAAAGGAAAAUAAUUCCAUCCAAUUAGCUCGUGUCAACUUGGUGAAUGGAAAUAUUGAUUUUUAUGAAUUUCCAAAGAUUGGAAAUGAAAAGAUGUCGGGAUGUUUGAAUGGACCUCCACGAGAAAUGUCUCUACUUAGCCAAGUCAUUUACAAAUGGGUUGGAGACACGCGUCUGUUUAGAAAUUUACGUUUUAAUUUCCUUGAAAAGUGGUUGAAACAUCCUUUAGAUUGGAAAGCCCAAAGCGAUCGAAAUUCUUUGCUGUACGAAUCUGUGAAACCUGUCUCAAGCUUAUUCUCUCCAUUUGUUGAAUUGAAUAAGACUCACGUUUUACAAGAGUACUUUAUUCCAAAGCAACACUUUUUGGAGUGGUACCCAUUCAUGAUGAAAGAAAUUAAGCAGUUUUGCAAAUUAUCCAAACACUCGAGCUUGUUAAAUGUCACGAUUCGAUUUGUGAAAAAGCGAAAUUCACAUCCCUCUGAUUUGAAUUUACCAAUUCUUACCUAUGCCAAACAAGAUGUCUAUUCAUUUGUAUUUUACUAUCGGGCUGAUAAGAAUGUAGAAGCAGAUCAUGAACUUGAAACGUUUCAUCAUGUUCUCUCAAAUAAGGCUGCUGAAUUUGGAGGAAGUUUUUAUUUACCCUAUCGACAUCAUUAUACAUUGCCUCAAUUACUGAAAUCCUACCCUGAAUUUGAGCAAUUUGUUGCAAUGAAAAAAGCGCUCGAUCCAAAUCCAGUAUUCAACAAUUUAUGGUUUUCAAAUUAUUCCACACUAUUAGAACAGUUCAAAGCUAGACAUGGAAGUGUUGACUGUAAUGUUAUUCCCAUACCUCCAAAUAUUGUGAGUGACAACCCAGUUUCUGAGAAUUUACAACCAUCUCACGAAAGUGGCAAUCCAUCAAACCAAAACACAAAAGAACCAACACAUUAUUCGAAGUUGAAUCGUAACAAAAUUAGUGAGCGAGGUCUGUAUGAUUUUUUGAGAUACAUCUUUCCAGUAGUGAACGCCCAACAACUCUUCGAUUUGGUAAAAGGAGAAUUAGAUAAGAACCACAUCAAUUCGUCGGCAACAUCAACAACAACAACAACAAACGAUCGUCAUAUCUACGAGUUGAUCCAGAAACAUUUUCGUCAAGGAAUAAUUUCUAACAUUUCUAUUUUAUUCAACGCUGUAAAGUAUAACAUGAGUGUCCUCAAUAAGGAAAUGAAACACCAACUCCAUGACUUGUUAUCAAGCAUUGGAAAGAGAAAUGAACCCUUCCAUGGCUGUAUGACCUUGGGAGACUGUGGCAGAUUUGUGAAAAUGAUGCGAAGAGAAUUUCACAUUUCAGGUCCCAUCUACAUUUGCAACGAUCAAGAACGAGCAAGUGAUCGAAUAGAGAGAAGUUCAAUGUUUCCAGUCGGUCAAUUUGUUUCCUAUCCAAACAUGUCUCAAAUUCCUUCUCAAAGUUUGGAUCUAGUCACAUGCUUUAUUGGACUCCACCAUUACAAGGACUCUGAACUUGAUGAAUAUAUGAAACAUGUAAAUCGAGUGUUAAGACCUGGUGGAAUUUUCAUUCUUAGAGAACACGAUGCAUACAACACGAAUGUGGACUCAAUGGCUCAUGUCGCACAUAACACGUUUAAUGCAUUGAUGGGAUUUUCAUAUGAAGAAAAUUCUCGAGAAUUUCGACAUUUUCGUUCCAUGAAAGAAUGGAAUACCAUAUGUGAACGCUAUGGUUUGAAACAAGCUGGAAAGUAUUGCAUACAGAAAUUUGAUCCUACUCUUGAUUUAAUGACGUGUUAUGUCAAGUGUGAACAAUCUUCAAUGCAUUCAGAAAGUGCUUCAGCAACUUGUCAUGUGACCACGACCACUGUGGCUGCCAGUGCGAAAGAUUCAUUCCAACACUCAUCAAAUGAAAUUCCCAAUGGACUCAUUCAAAAUCCGUCCUCAUACCUGAGAAGUCAUAGCUUGACGGAUUAUACCAUUCCUGAAUGGUUUGCAGUAGAAUUGGUUCAAAAACUUGGAAGUUUUCUCAAUCACACACCAUGGUACGAUUAUCCAUUCUUACAUGUGAUUCUUCAAUUUUGGAAAUUAUUUUAUCAAGCUGUGAAACGAGUGGCAAAGAGAGAUGGUCUUAUUUCGGCUCUAUGGAAUGGAUAUAAUGUCAUGAAUUUUGUGAUUGGAUUGGUUUCGACCUUUCUUCUUUCUCAAAUGUUUGUCUUGUCCAUGAUUCCAAAAAUUGUUGGACGUUUCUCUUCAAAUUCAACAGCAAAUUUGACUCAUAUUCAGGCUGUGUUGAGAGUAAGAAAUUCAAUGAAUGUGAACAAACCUUGUGAAUUACCAAACUCUGUUCGAAUUUUGAACAGUAUGGUAUCCAAUAAUAAUAAUUAUUCAAAGGUACAAAUUGAGAGGGAAGGCCUUAGAGACGAGUCAUUCGAGUACUAUCAAGUGGAUGUUCCUCGAUUUCUUCCAUUCACAACAUGCAUGAAGGAACUAUCACGACAAUUCGACGUUCAAGUCAUUGAAAUUGCGGGUCAAACCAGUGUCAAUAUCAAGAUUGUUUCAGCGAAAAAGGAUCUCCAAAUUGAAGAAGGCAUUGAGGCGAUUUUAAUUGAAAAGUAUCAGAUUGUUCCAAACGCACGUGAUGAAGACUAUGUCCACAUUUUCAGUGUUGUCACUCGAGAUUUAUUGAAAUUAUUGCAACAACUUGAGAAAGACGAAAGUAUCAGGCACGUUCAAAUUCACGAUUUCUAA